AUGGGUGAAGGCUUCCGAUCGGUUGCCUACUUUGUCAACUGGGCCAUCUACGCUCGCAAGCACCGCCCGCAGGACCUGCCCGUCGAGAACCUGACGCAUGUGCUCUACGCGUUUGCCAAUGUGCGCGAGAGCGGCGAAGUGUUCCUCACCGACACGUGGGCCGACACCGACAUCCACUGGGAGGGCGACUCGUGGAACGACCCCGGCACCAACCUGUACGGGUGCCUCAAGCAGCUGAACCUGCUCAAGCGGCGCAACCGCAACCUCAAGGUGCUGCUGUCCAUCGGCGGCUGGACGUACAGCGCCAACUUCAAGGGCCCCGCGGGCCGCGCCGAGGGCCGCGCCGCGUUUGCCAGCUCGAGCGUCGCGCUGCUCAAGGACCUCGGCUUCGACGGGCUCGACAUUGACUGGGAGUACCCGCAGAACGCCGACGAGGCGCGCGACUUUGUCGAGCUGCUGGCCGCCGUCCGCGGGGAGCUCGACGCGUACGCGCAGCGGCUGGGCGGCGAUGCGCGCUUCGAGCUGACGGUGGCGUGCCCCGCGGGCCCGCAAAACUACGAGCGCCUCGACGUGCCGGGCAUGGACCGGCACCUCGACUUCUGGAACCUCAUGGCGUACGACUACGCGGGCUCGUGGGACCAGGUGAGCGGGCACCAGGCGAACCUGUACGCGGACGCGGGCAACCCGGGGUGCACGCCCUUUUCGACCGCGGCGGCCGUCGACUUCUACACGGGGCGGGGCGUCGCGGCGGACAAGAUUGUGCUCGGCAUGCCGCUGUACGGGCGGGCGUUUGAGGACACGGACGGGCCGGGGCGGCCGUACCAGGGGGUCGGCGACGGCACGUGGGAGCGCGGCGUCUACGACUACAAGGCGCUGCCGCUCGAGGGGGCGAGCGAGGCCUACGACGAGGCGGCGGCGGCGAGCUACUGCUACGGCGGGCGGACGCUCGUCAGCUACGACACGCCGCGGGCGACGCGGGCCAAGGCCGACUUCAUCAAGCAGCGGGGGCUCGGCGGGGCCAUGUGGUGGGAGAGCAGCGCGGACAAGGCGGACGAGAGCCUCAUCGGCACGGCGGUGCAGUGCCUGGGGGGGCUGCAGCGGCGGGACAAUUGCAUCACGUACCCGGACAGCAAGUACGACAACCUGAGGGGGGUUGAGUGCUAA